GCACAGCAGCCCAAGUUGUGGGAUCUAUGCCUUGCAACCUUGAUACACAUUAUAGAGGCUUAAGCCAAGGCUCACUCCUUUGCCUUUUUUGUUUGGUAUGUGCAGUACUCUCAAAAUGGCUCCUCGCUGCAGCAGACACACAGAUACAAGAGCCAUCGCUAGCUGGAAUGCCACUCUCAGAUGCCGAAUAUGAGCACUUCUUUAGCAUCCUUCAUAGCCCUCGUCGAAUCCGUGCUGUUUGCUUCUUAAGGGCCAUGUAUGGCUGCCAGAAUUCCUUGAUCCGGGCACUGGACCAGUAUGAAAACCAUGGAGUCGUUCCUGAAGGGCGGGUGUGCUCUGACUUGGAAGAACAUUCAACUUUCCCAGAUUUUUGUAACCUUGCUUUUUAUCGCUGUGCCUUGAGGAAGUACUAUGUGAAGAGGGUUCCGUGCCCAGGGGACAGGAACAAAGCAAGGACAUUUUUACAUAUCAUCAGCCCCCCAACGGAACCUGAUGAGAUUGUGCAAUCAUCUAUAGAAGAAGCUUUGACUAACCUGCUCAGGGCCUCUCCUGCAGCUUCCAUGACCACCCCAGAGCUGUUUCCUGAGCUUCUCGCAGCCAUGUCGCCCUCUACAACACAUGCUGCCAAGUUCUUUUCUGAGUUUCUCCGCACCCCUGCUGCUCUGGCUGCUACAGAGUUGGUUCCUGAGCUUCUCGCUGUCACUUCUGACAAAGCUACUACAGAGCCCUUGCCUGACAUUUUAGAAGAGCUUUCUCUUGUGCCCUCUACAACCACCAUUGCAACUAAAUCCCCGUUGGAACUUAUCGAAGAGUCUUCUCUCGAAAACCUCGCCCAAAGUGUUGCCACCAUUGCAUCAGAAUCUUUGCUGGAGCCUCUUGUCACUACUCCUGACACAACCACUGCAAGCUCCUUUACCAAGGCCCCCAUGGCCAUGCCCACCUCUGCCACAGAGACCACUCCUGCAUUUCUCACCACCACUGAUGCUGUUGCCAUUGCGGAGUCCACUCCCACAAUGACUUCUGCUACUUCUGCUACAACCGCAACAGAGCUCUCGCCUGGAGUGCUUUCAGGGUCUUCUCCUGUGCCUCCUGUAUCCACUGCUACCUCAACUGCUGCAGAACCCUCGCCUCAGCUUCUUAGCCCCUCUCCUCCAGUGUCAGUCAGUGGGAGUUUUCCUGAACCUCUCACCACCACUGUGGCAACGUCCACAGGGUCCUUUAUUCAGUACAACUCUACCUCUGCUGCCAUGGAACUUCAAGAAUUUGUUGAUACGUUUUCCACCUCCACCCCCACCCCCACCUCCAUUACUACUCACCCUGCCUCAAACGCUACUGAAUCUCCCCCUACACUGGACACCACCACUGAACUCUCCACCUUCACAGAAUCCUCUCCUGGUCUUGCCACCACAGGAUCGGAAGCCACGACUGCAGCAUCCUUUCCCACGAGCCCUUCCGCCACAAAAAGUAAUAUAACCACUGAUGCUCCCAACAAUACUAGUGUUGCCACAACUGCAGAGCCCUCUUCCGAGCCUCCUAACAGCACAGUCGCCACUGCUGCGGAGAGUUCUGCCACAAACCCCACUACUGCCACAAACCCUACUGUCACAAACCCCACUACUGCCACCACUGCCAAAUCCACAAUUACCUCUGCCAAAUCUCUGUGCCUCUGUGUCUCCGAAUCCCCCACCCUGCCCAAAGAGGCCACCACCACCGAAGCGCCCACGGCUACCACGUCCUCCGCAAUCACGGCUUCUUCCCAACCGCUUGUCUCAACCCCCUCUGUUGCCCAGCCAGAGAUUCCCCAGUCCAGCUCGAGCAAGCCCACUGUCAUCACCCUGACUUCCACGGAGCAGCAGAAAGCUAAGCCUGAGGAUGUGGUUGGGAGCUCCCCUCUGCUGCCAACCGCAACAAGCCCCAUUGCUGUCACGCAACAGGAGGAGAUCCCCGAGCCCCAAGAGUACCUUCAACCUACUGCCAGCUUGGCGGAACUCUUCUUCCGAGUGCAGGAUAGGAAAGUGCAGCAGCUGAUGCAAGCAAUGCGGGAUCUGCUGACCAAAAGGAGAGGAGAGCAGCAGCAGCAGCAAAAACAGCUGCAGCCCACAUCUUCGCAACCACUGAAGGCACUGACUCAUGCCAGCAGGCAGAAGACGACUAAGCAGUCGCCAGAGCUCAAGGACAGACUUCAAAGAUGAAGGCAUGAAGGCAUGCAGUCUCUUUGGUGUCAAAGAAACAAAGUCCAAUGGACAGGCUCCAGUCUGGCAUUCUGGAGGCGGAACUACUCUAGGGCUGUCUCCAUAACGGGUUGCAGCUCAUCUGAGUCAGCUCUGAAGUCUUCCUUAAAGUGGAUUCCCCAUCAUCUUGAAGCAAGGCUGGGGACCAAACUGAUAAAGGCUUCGGUUUUGGAGUUUUGAGAAGACAACGGUGCGGACGGGGGUUUGGAAUUCUGUGAACUUGCCCUGGGGCGUUCCCGGUUUCAGCCUAAUUUCCGUGGAAUGAAGAAUUUCUCUCGUUAACGGGCCUUCUUUAAGUUGGAAGGUGGCUGGUCCCUGAACGGAGGAGAAAGCAGGGAAAUGACUCAUUCUCCUCGUUUGGGUUUCCAGACAGGACAAUAAAUAAAUGCGGUGUUUUGCAGAAA